ACAGUGCGAGGUGAGCGAAUGUGCUGCAGGUCGCGGAGCGUGUCGCCAUGUGGUGUUUGUGAAUUUUUUGUGAUUGUGGCGAAAAGCGAUGGUAUACUCAUGAGGGCGUUAGGACAAAAUGGUCAGAGAGACUAGACAUCUCUGGGUUGGAAAUUUGCCUGACAGUGUUACCGAGGAUCGGAUAAAGGAGCACUUCAAAAGAUACGGCCGCGUGCAGAGUGUGAAGCUGCUCUCGGCUGAGGACGCCGCCGGCCCGGCCGCCACGGUAGCCUUCAUCGACAUCAAAUCGGCCGCCAAGGCGCACAAUGCCGAAAACCGCGUGGAAGAGCGGCCUCUGCUGACCAAGUACUAUGACCCGAACGGCCGACCGGCGGCCGACGAGCCGGCGCGGCCGCCGGCCGGCGUCGGCGGCUACCCGGCCGGCCGCGGCCGCGGCGCCGGCUUCAGUCGCGGGUGUGCCGACGAUAUGAGUGUCCGAUCUAGUCAGGUGUAUGGUGAUGCUUUCGGUGUGCGGCGGUAUGAGGAUUAUAAGGCGGGUCGGAGGAACGCCUACAGGAGUGGACCUUUUUUAGACAGGUGAGUGCCGAGAGCAGCCCGCGCUGCACCGGCGAAGGGGGAGGGGAGGGUGUCGGUGAAGUGCCUCAGGGUGUGGUGUGGUGAAAGGUGCCCCGUCCCCCGUGUGCU